CUGUGCCACGCGGCGGGCGCGGGCGCCGGCGCGCACCUCGCGGGCCACAUCAGCCGGCGCAUGCGCACGCCCUUCAAGCACAUCGUCGGCGUGGACCCCUCAGGCGCCCUGUCCCCGGCUGAGCGCAUGCCGUGCGACCGGCCGCUCAACGCCAGCGACGCCGCCUGCGUGUCCACGGUGCACACGGCCUGGGACGACACGCGCCCCGCGCCGCUCCUCGGCCACGUGGCCUUCUUCCCGCACGGCAUCCGCCGCCAGCCGCACGCGCACGCCCGGCGCGCAGGCGGCGAGGGGGCGGAGGCGUGCGAGGAGACGGCGCUGGCGCUGUGGGCAGAAGCCGUACGCCGCCCCAGGGCCCUCGUGGGGCGCCACUGCGCCUCGUGGCAGAGCUUCGCGCUGGGGCUGUGCCAAGGGGAGCCCGCGCUGCAGAUGCGCCACUGCGACGGGCUGGCGGGCCGCUUCUACCUGCGCACCCACGCCACGGAGCCCUUCGGCCUGGGCAUGGAAGGCGCGUCACCGCCGCCGCCGCCCGCGCCGACCUCCACGCCGAUGGAGGCCUCCUCCACGCCGUUCUCCACGCCCUCUUUCUCCGAAGGCUCUUUGGACGUGGAGGCCCACGCGUCCUCGGCGCAGGGCGCAGGCGCGGGGACGGACGCCUCCGAGACAGGAGACACGCCCACGCCCCAUGCAAGGGUCACUGACACUACCAACGACUACGUUUAGGCUCGGUGAAGCUCGCUUUUCGCAGAUCGUUGAGGUCCUGUACGGUGAUUUUGAUGGGGGAAAUUAGUGGAUUAAAUGUAGUAUCCAUCUGUUUGUUCGCUAUUACCUUUGGACUGCGUUUUGGCUCGGUUGCUUGUGAUGAUUUCACAAAUCAUUGAAGUCCUGUUCGUUGAUUUUGGUGGGGAAAUUAGUGGAUUAAAUGUAUUAUUAAGCUGUUUGCACGGAAUGCGUUUUGGCUCGGUUGCUUGGGACAUUUUCAUAAAUCGUUGAAAUCCACUUCGUUGAUUUUGGUAGGGAAAUUACUGGAUUAAAUGUAUUAUUAAUCUGUAAACGUAGGCUUCCGCGGCUCGAAUCCAUAAAUUCUCGGUUAUCUGGGAGACGCCGGGUCGUUUCUGGAAGGCCGACGUUUCGACUGACAUGUCGCAGGCUUCCUCAGGGCAGUGACGGGUCGCAGGCUUCCUCUUCCCUGAGUUCGCCUGACAUGUCAGGCGAAACGUCGGCCUCCCAGCCAACGACGCGGCGUCUCCCGGAUAGCCGAGAAUUUAUGUAUUAUUAAUCUGUUUGCAUGGAAUGCGGUUUUGCUCGGUUGCUUGGGACAUUUUCACAAAUCGUUGACAUCCUGUGCGCAGAUCUUGUUUCGAGAACCGUUUUAUUAAUCUGUUUGUACGAAGAAAAGGAAACAAUGCUUUUUGGCUCGGUUGCUUGGGACGUUGUUGAUGAUGAUUGUUAAGGUCGUGUAUAUUGAUUUGUUGAGGGGCAGUAGUGGAUUAAAUGUAUUAUUGCACGGAAUAAGCAGUGAAAAAUAAGUGUCGUCAAAUUGUACAACUAUAUACCAGGGUAUACACCUAUAGGUCAGAGUUGUUUAAGAGAAUGAUGUUUACAAUCAAUGCUUAUAAGAAACUUAAUGGAUUGAGCGAGAUUUCUUUUACUGGAGAAUACGAACAUUAGAAGAAUAGGAACCAAUAGAGAUUUUCAAAGUCUCUUAAACACGCUUCAUCUAUAAAUGUAUAUCCAGGCA